AUGGUGAACGUCCCCAAAAACAGAAAGACCUAUUGCAGAAAAUGUGGAAGUCAUUAAAGUUGCAAAGUGUCCCAAUACAAAAAGAGCAAGGAAAGUCCUUUUGCUUAAGGCAGAAGAAGGUACGACAUGAAGCAAGCUGGUUAUGGUGGACAAACAAAGCCCAUCUUCAGAAAGAAGGCAAAGACAACAAAGAAAGUUGCCUUAAAACUUGAAUGUGUUAAGUGUAAAUUGAAGUGGUUAAAGGUCAUCAAGAGAUGCAAGACUAUAGUAUUUGUUGAUGCCAAUCAACUCAAAAAAUAAUAAGAAGCAAAGAAAAAUGCCAAAUGAGAUUUACAAUAGUAUAAGAUACAUUAAGUAUUUAAUAAUCAUAAACAUA